AUGUUCACUCGCAAUCUUGCUUCAUACCUUGAAUACCAGAAAUUGUCGCAACGUAUGCAAGAUAAAUCAACACUAUUGGGAUGCGCAAAAGUUGAACGAAAAAUUCAAUUUCAUGCCAAUCGAGCAAUGAUAUUGCUCGAUGACUAUUCAGACCAACAAGACGUUAUUGACGCUAUUACAGAUUUCAUAGAUAACCUGUUUCAUGUGUUGUUUGUCACUGAUGUUGGAUUAUCAGGACAAGGUAGCCCUAUCUCUAUAAGCAAAACCGCUACCAGAUAUAGCACAUGCGACCUGUUCGUGAGCAAAGCAAAUGAUAGUAUAAAUUCCGUCCUUCACCAAAUUGCCAAUUGUUUUACCAUUGGCAAGAGCAGAUUCACAGACUGUUUUGGCCAAUACGUCAGCAUACUUAACGAUAUCAUGGAUAGCUAUGAUGGUGAUGCGGACAUAUGGCUCGCUGUGGCAGAUACAACGUAUUCAAUAGCAGCAGCGAGAUAUGUUGGAUGGCGUAGUAGCUUCGUGCAACAUUAUUUGACUUGCGCUGCAAGAGGGGGGAUUCGGCCAGAUACCCUAUACACAUCUCACGAUGAGGAAUUUUACGAUGAAGAACAAAUGACAAGUAUUCUAAAUGUGCUUAGUUUGAUAUAUCUAGUAGAUGAAGAGUCCAGUGUAAAGGCUAGGAGUGCUUGGCUAUUAGCUAGCAUAAUGGUGAGAGGAGCUUUGGCGCAGGACAGUAUCAUUGGUGAAACAUUGGUCAAGAAAUAUAGCCUCUUACUGGAAAUGCUCUCGGCGGACUUACUGUACGAAAGAUCGCAAAGGUUUAAUUACAGCAGUCAAGAACUAGAUAUUCAGCAAGUCAUUCGUGACUUAUUAGCAGCCAAAGGCAAUAACCAGAUUAAUGAAUGUUUUGUAUUCAAGUAUAAUGCUAAAUGUUCUAGCGAGGAUACUUGCAAGGACAUAGAAUACCACUACGGUAAUAGUUCAAGAAGCAUUGCAGUUGCACAGGCUGCACUUGUUGCUGUUGCUGUUCUCUCUGGGACAAUCGAAUCUACAAUUGACAGCAAUCAUUUGAAACUUUUUGACUAUGCAAUGUGUACCAGCAGGUUGACAUCAAUAGUAGGAACUUCCCUGUACCUGAAGAACACAACAGCUCAUCAGAGUUGCAUAUUUGCAGACAUCCACGAUAAACACAACCGUGUCACAGUAAUUUACUCAGAAACAAUCAGUUAUUUCGUAAGCUGUGCAAACAUUCAAGAUAUGAGCAGUGGAAGGUUACCCCUGGAUAUCAUCAUUGAUAAUGGAAUAUACGAGCAAACUACAGCAAUAUCGGUUGUGAUGCUAGUUAUUGGCAGCACGAUUCUACUUGGCUCGAUUAUAUUGAUAAGUUUGAGUCAAGCGAAGCUUAUUGAGCUGACUUUUGACCCGACAAGCUUUGCAGCAUGGUUAUCUGUCUUAUAUGCUGCGUUAGUGGUUUUGAUACAGAAUACAUGGAUUGAAGAUUGGACAUGGUAUGACAUGCUAAGAAACAGAAGAUUGAUUAAAACUGUGAGCUCAACAACUAAAGCUAACUUGGGGGUCAACACAUUUCUGAAAUACCUUCAAAUUCGCAUCUCUUCUUGUGAUGAGACAAUAAGGGAGGUAUUGAGUCCCGAGCAUACAAGCGCGUCCACAUAUUACGCAAAUGGAAGAACAGCCAUUUCAUCGGGACCGACAGCCAAUAUGAUACUUUUGGCCGGGCGGCCGGUUUGUUACUGUUUCAAAGAUCAAACUACAUACAUUCCGUUCAGGCCCUCGACAUUGGCUCGUAGUAGACACCAAAUUACUACUACAUGGACACUUUUGCACGAUCAUGAAACUAGUUUUGAUGCUUCAGAAAGACAAAUAUGCAUUGUUAGCAAAAAAUUGAAGCCAGGCUACGGAGUGGCCAUUGUGAACGGUACCCUGCCGCAAUUCUUAUCUUCAUGA